AUGUUCUCAUUCUUAUUUCCUUCAUUCAAAUGUUCACUGUUAGUUCGUCUAUUCUAUUUAUCUCCUUUCCUUUCAUCAUCAUCAUCAUCAUCAUCAUCAUCAUCAUCAUCAUCAUCAUCAUCAUCAUCAUCAUCAUCAUCAUCAUCAUCAUCAUCAUCAUCAUCAUCAUCAUCAUCAUCAUCAUCAUCAUCAUCAUCAUCAUCAUCAUCAUCAUCAUCAUCAUCAUCAUCAUCAUCAUCAUCAUCAUCAUCAUCAUCAUCAUCAUCAUCAUCAUCAUCAUCAUCAUCAUCAUCAUCAUCAUCAUCAUCAUCAUCAUCAUCAUCAUCAUCAUCAUCAUCAUCAUCAUCAUCAUCAUCAUCAUCAUCAUCAUCAUCAUCAUCAUCAUCAUCAUCAUCAUCAUCAUCAUCAUCAUCAUCAUCAUCAUCAUCAUCAUCAUCAUCAUCAUCAUCAUCAUCAUCAUCAUCAUCAUCAUCAUCAUCAUCAUCAUCAUCAUCAUCAUCAUCAUCAUCAUCAUCAUCAUCACCUUCUUCUUCUCUAUCCGCAUACUUCUCGUUGUUGGUUUAUUCUUUCAUUAUUUCUUUAGCUUAUUUAUAUUCCAGUCUUCGUAUUUGGAAAGAAACAGGUGUUCAGUUUAUAGUAAAGAUCCAUAAGCAUGCAAACAAAUCAAUUUAA